UAUGAAACUGAGUCACCACAAGGACCACAGAAGCCCAUCGGUGAAGCUUUAGGAAGUGAUUUGGAAGCUGCUGUGAUGGGUCAGUCCCUGAAUGUCCACCAGAGUUAUGUGAGCCCAGACCACUGCCCACCCCAGGGGUGAUGGGACCACAAGUUCCAUGCUGAACCCAAGCUGCAUCCCUCGAAGUGGAGCCACCUGAGUGGGCAGGUGACUGAGACGGCAGUAUAGUAUAGUAUGGUAUAGAUGUGGGUGUCCUUGUGGCCAGGAGGUGCCACUCCCCUCCACAAAGGCCACACUUGUCCUGUUGUCCAUCGUGUAUCUGUCCCCUCCUUCCUGUAGGCAGAGCUUCCCAAGCUCCUGGAACUCCACUGCCUCUGGGCCACCAACGGGGCUGGGGGACUGGGCAGCCCUCACCCCGUUUGCCCCUGCUCUUCUGGCUAAGGGUGCUGGUGGCCCAAGAGCCCCUCUGCCCAGUACCCAGAGGGUGGCACAUCAUCAGAUGUGUCUGAUGAGGCAGGCUGAGGGAUCCUGCCCCCUACAUAUCAGCCCAUGUGCUUGAUGACCAGAAACAAGCUAGGUGGGGGUGCCUGGUUUGAAGUGAUAUGAGUCCCUGACAGGCAGCUCACUGGCAAGGAGGCCUCAGGGCCAAUAGUUGUGGAAGGGGGGCAACUUCCCUCUUGCUCCAGGAUGUUGGGGGCGGGCAGGGCAGAAGGCCUGUGUGGCUGACCCUGCCUCUGGUGCCCCCUGCAGGAUGUGCGAGGGUCUCGAGCAUGGCAUGCAGCCCUGAGGUGGUGGCCAUGGAUUGUGAGAUGGUGGGGCUGGAACCCCUGGGGGAGAGCGGCCUGGCCCGCUGCAGCCUAGUGAACGUGCAGGGCACUGUGCUGUAUGACAAGUUCAUCCGGCCUGAGGGGGCGAUCACCGACUACAGGACCCAAUUCAGUGGGAUCACACCUCAGCACAUGGCCACGGCCACCCCAUUUGCCCAGGCCAAGCAGGAGAUCCUGCAGAUCCUCAGAGGAAAGCUGGUGGUCGGCCAUGACCUGAAGAACGACUUCCAAGCUCUGCAGGAAGACAUGAACAGCUAUGCCAUCUACGACACAGCCAUUGACUGGCUGCUGUGGCACGAGGCUAGGCUGGGCGCCUGCAGACGUGUGUCACUGCGAGUGCUGAGUGAGCGGCUGCUACACAGGCGCAUCCAGGACAGCAGCCUGGGCCACAACUCCGUGGAGGAUGCCAGGGCCACCAUGGAGCUCUACCUCGUGGCCCAGCGGAUCCGGGCCAGCCAGGGGCUGCCGUGCCUGCCCAUGUCUAACUAAGGCUGCUUUCAGCUGCUGCCCCAGCUGU